AUGCGUGCCUCUUGGAUCUUCGGCGCUUUCGCCCUCUACGAAACAACUGUCUUUGCCGAUGACACGCAAUAUGCCAUGGGCGGACUCGACCUCCCUGGAACCACGUACGGAUGCGAGAACGGCAAGCGGCAACCCCUCAAUCACUUGCAGCCCGUCCCCUCGCCCCUUGGAGUCAACGCAACCGCCUGUCCUUCGCUAGACGAGUGCCAGGCGGGCAACAUGCAGUGCCUGGAGCGUGAGCAGACGCUACUAUCACAACUGGUAUCCAAGCAACAAGAGCUGGUGGACCGCGAGAAGACGCUACAAGAACAACUGGUGGCCAAGCAACAAGAGCUAACGAACAGCGAGAGGACACUAUCAGCGCAGCUCACAGCCAAGCAAAACGAGUUGAAUAAUAAGAAGUCCUAUCUUUUUUUGUCCGUAAGCUGCCGCAUCGAGACGAACAACGGCAUGAACACUGGUGGCAAACCCUACCAGAGACUCCCAAAUAACAGCCCGGUGGACUAUGGGUACUCUGGAGGCUCCGGUGGCCGAGUGUUCGACGAGAUGCCCUGGAGAUGCAACUCAAACGUGCGGAUCGCCGACAAGGGCAAGGUUGUACUUUAG